UGGUGGUGGUAAACAAGUAUGGGAAGAAGCGCAACGUGGCAGCCAAUAACGGUACACCACAUGUAACGUUUCGCGUUUCAACCAGUCACAUCGUAAGUUGGAGUACGCCGUAUUUCUAGGAUGUUCCAUCCCCGGUCAUAUGCUGCAGUAUGCCAGUUUGAUUACAUCAGCUAGUAAAAGUGCAUGAAAUUUCUUGCCAAGCAGUGUUAUGUUUCCGAUCAGUUGUGAUUCGGCGUCUCGAGGAAAGAGAACAGCGGCAAGAGAUCGGCCAGUGACUUCAUAGAACAAGUGAUAAUAGUAAAUUCAUUCCGUAUUGAAUGGCAGAUUAUGAGCGUAUUGAAAAGCGUUAUCAUCACUUUGCCUAAGGGCUUGUCAAAAGCACCUGGCGUCAUUUCGGUCAAUGAAUUUCCAAAAUCCGUGUCGAAAUUUCAUUUCACGACAUCCGCGUUGAGCGAUAAAGUAAAAAUGGAACCGAAAAAGAUAGCGAAGCAUGAUGAAAUGCAGGAUGAAAGUGCGAUAUUCAAAACGGAUGUUUGCGUUCGUGGAAAGAAACGACGACUGGACCACUUGACAUGGGAAGAAAAGCUACAGAGGAAAAAAUUGAAGAACAGGGUAGCGGCUCAAACUUCUAGGGACCGUAAAAAGGCCAAACUCGACGAGUUGGAAGAGACUGUUAGAACUUUGAGGGAACAAAAUGAAUUGUUAUCUCAGGAAUGUGCUAUGCUCAGAUCACAGAAUGAAUUGUUGGCCACCGAAACAAAAAGAUUGAGGAAGGAUAAAGAUGCAAAGAAUUCAGGGGAAUUUGUUUGUUCUAUGUGCCAGAGUCGUGUGCUGUAGUGUGUCCUCGCUGGGAUCUACAGUAUCCCCCUCUCACCCUCUGCAGCAGGGUGGAACAGUACAGCUGGCACCGUCUCUGACACUAACCCCAGGAGCAGCAAUUCUCCUGAAGAUAUUGACCAUCUACCUCCUCUUGAAGAAUUGUUUGGCGACCUCCAAGGAGACGAAUACAUCGAACGACUUGAAGAACUUGCAGAGAGUCUUUUGCGAGAAGUUACCGCAGAAGUGGAAGCAAAUUCUCAUAGAACAAAUGAACAAGUCCAGGAAAGUACCGGUGAGAAAUGUGGCCAUUCGAAAGGAGUGGUGGGGAAGACAUCAGAAGAUGUGGAAACCGGUAGAACCCCUAGAAGCAUAAGUACGCACCAAUCAUGGCAUUCUGUUACUAGCACAGCCUCUGCAUCUUACGUUACAACAAACGCAAACGCACCUAUAUCAGUAAAACCAGAAAUUGAAGUAAAACAAGAAAUGGAUACACACGAUUUAGACACAAUUUACGGCACCUACGAUGAAGCUACCAAUUCUGUAACCAUUAUUUAUCCUGGAGACGACAGCAGCGUGGGUAUUCAAGAAUGUGUUCAAGAAGUGGUCACGGAUGGUGUUUCCUCGAUCGAGGAAUCGUCGCAUCUGACACCGAAUUGUUACUCCAAUCAGUUGUCGCCGUCUUACACAAGCAUGGAUUCAAUGUCUCCGUCAAGCAUACAUUCCGAAGAUAUGGACACUAAUGUUACAGUGGAUACUAGCAUCGCGUUAGAUUCCAGUGCAUCCGAUUGCGGAUAUGAAUCGCAUGGUUCUCCAACACCCGAUGUACGUAAUGAAAAAUGUAACGUAAACUUAACAGACCUUUGGCACGAAAGUUUUACAGAAUUAUUUCCUACGCUAGCCUGACAGUGUCAGUAGGGAAAAGACACAAUCGUUAUCUGUGAUAAUACGUUAACCAUGCUUGCAUAAGAUGACAUACUUUCGAGCGUCAUUCGAUUUUUGGUUUUAUUCGUUCUGAGCUUAAGUACUUUAAAGAGAACGAUAUAGCACAAAUUGUGACGAGGUAUCGCUCAUUUUUCAUGAACUGGUAGCACUCGUAUUUAGUAUACAAUUAUCUAUGUAUUUUUAUAUUCGUAUUUGUAUAUUGUAUUUGUUCCGAAAAACGACACUCACUAUUUAUAAAUAAUUUUUUUUUAAACACAUGUCUGGAAUAAUUAGAUGUUAAUGUAUAUAAUACAUAUUAAAUGUUUAUCGAACAAUAACAAAUUGAGGAUUACUGUGUUAAGAAACAGUAUGCCAAAUAAAUGAUAUAUCUCUA